CUGGGUUGUUCUUGUUUUUCCCUAAAUGCAAUUGGGUUUUUGGAAAAAUUUGAUUUUUAAUUGAUUUUGAUGGAUUUUCAGAAUCUCCCUUGAUUCAUUUUUCUGUUGUAUUUGAUCAGUUUCGUUUUGAUGUUUCCAAAGUUUUGAUUUUUAUAUAUUUGGGGAAUGGGGUUUAUUUCUGAUUUUUUGUUUUCUUAAUUGAAAAUUGUGAUAUUGUUACAAAAAUAUUGUAUUCUUGGCCAUUAGGUUUUGAUAUGAAUUUUGUGAUAAUGAUCAAUGUAAGUUUUUUCAUCUGAUGGCCAGUGAAAGUGCUGAAUUAUCGGUUUCCCCGGACGUGACUACGUCGCCGGUGGUUGAAAAAAGAAGGUACUCUAUGCGAAAGGCUGGCUCCGGAAAAAGCAAUGAAAAAGUUGUUCCCCGUUAUCUCAGAGCUUCCACCGGUUCGUGUCAUGAUAUUUGUAAAUAUGGGGGGAACCAUUCGUUUGAUCCGAAGGAAAGACGUUCGAUACCUAACAGAGCCACAAGAAAAAAACUUUACCAGAGUUCACAAGCGAGCAUUGGUGCUAUAGUUGCUAAGCCCAGGCUAUCGGUUGAUUCCAAGCUAACAAAGAUGUCAACAGUUGUACUCAAAGAAUCGGCUGAAUCUAAGCCAACAAAGAUGUCAACGGUCGUACCUAAAGAAGCGGUCGAUUCCGAGGCUCGAACUUUGUAUGCUUUAGAUGCCAAAAACCGGAAGAAAACAUCAUCUGUUGAGGUCAAACCGUCACUCGUAUCGAAGUCACAUAUUUCUCCAUCAACAAGUCAAGAAAUUUCAUCAUCAACUGAUAAGGAGAUGCAAUCGCAAUCAAAAUCAGCGUCUAGUAAGGUUGAAACAAUGUCAAAAUCAACCCCGAAGACGGUGAAAACUCCUUCAAAAUCAACUCCUGUUAAGGUGGAAACACAUUCAAAAUCAACUCUCAACACAAAACCAACUUCUGAAGUCAAAACGUCAUCAAAAUCAACCGCUGAUUCAGUGGAAGAUGUGCCAAAAUCAAUUCUCAAAAAAGUUGAAAAGCCUUCAAAAUCAACCUCCAAAGUCAAAACUUCAUCAAAAUCUACUUCCAAAACGGAAGGAACUUCAACACAGUUACCUUCUUCCAAUGGUUCAAAAAUGAAGUUGUUGGCAAAGCCUUCGACAUCUUUGAGUUCAAUUCGUGUCGCAAGGAACAAAGUAUCAUCCUCUAUGAAUUCCUUAGAAGGCUCUGGCGACAAAAGAACUAAAGAAAUCAAGAUGGAAAAGAAAGUAGCUUCCUUCAAAGCAUCUCCAAGAAAAGUGAUAGUGCCGAUAAAAGCUUUGUCAUCUCCUAGAACCUCUUGUAAAAGGAUUACUACAAGUCGUAAGAACCUGAAAAUUGUGUCUCCUCUAAAGAAUCAGAAGGCUGCGAAAAAACUCGAACUUGAGGAGCACGAGAAUCUAAGAAAUCAGAAGACUUUGGAAAAGGUCGAACUCGAGGAAAGCAAAAUCGAUGAGGUAAAGGAAAAGACUCUGUACGUCAUCGAGAUGGAAACUGAAAACAAAACUUUGCAAUCUAAUCAAAAUGCAAGCUACGAUGAUGAAUCAUACCUCCCUCAGUUGUCAACGCCCGAGUCUUCAUCAACCUCAGUUACUCAAUCCUUAUCCGAAGAAAACCAUGAGGAAUCUGAAUACACAACUAGUGAAUACGAGCUGGACUCUCUAUCGGGAAACUCUGAAAUUCAAUGCAUUGUAAACAACGAGACUUCAAUGGCCGAGAAGAUAGGCAAGCCGAGAAAGGUUAAGGAAAUAGAAGACAAGGAUUGCGAAAUGACGAAAUUAAAGUUCAGAAGAGGGAAAGUGGUCGAUAAUCAAAGCGAGAAAAAUACUCCGAGAAAGCUUAAAUUCCGGAGAGCGAAAACAUUGGCAGAGAAAGCAAAUGUUAAAGAGAAAGUUGUUCUGAGACACCAAGAUUUUGGGGACAAGAAAGAUGCACAAGGAUUGUUUAACAAUGUGAUUGAGGAAACUGCAAGCAAACUUGUGGAAGCUAGGAAGAGUAAGGUUAAAGCAUUGGUUGGUGCAUUUGAAACUGUUAUUUCUCUUCAAGAGAAAUAACAUUCUGCUUAUUAAUUUGGAUGAGCUUUUUUUUAUGUUGAUUUUUGGUUUGUUUUGUGUAAAUAAUUUGUAGGAGAAUAAGCUUUGGUUGAAGUGACUGAUAGGGUAGAUUUUGGCUUGAAUUGUUCCUAGAAACUCUGUCUGUAGAGUUGAAAAAAGGGAUUUUGUGUUUGAAACUUUUCUUACUUAACUUGAAUCAUAUAUUUUGUUAACUAUUAUCAGCAAUGGAAAACUGUUUUAAAUUUCUUUCA